AUGUACGGUCAGGAACGCGGCCGCAGAGCACUUGGCCGGGCCCAGCUGGCUGCUGCACCUGUUCCUGGCCCCUGGCCAGGGCUGACGGCGUACAGUGUCACCCUUACCCUACAAGAAGCAGUGGCACUAACGGCCACCGUGGUCCUCCUCCCCGAGUUGUGCGUAUGUGUGACGGGAAAUGCUGACUCCCAUCGCCUCCGCAGCCCAGCACCGCUGCCCUCCAUCUGUCACUGUGGCUCUGACCAUGCUGCCACCUUUGAGUGGGACCCUGUGGAAAUUGGUGUCUAUGAAAAAUAUAAGAAAGAAGAUGAUUCAAACCAGAAAAAACGCCUACACCCGCAUCUCCAGAGAGCACAUAGUCAAGAAUUGGGAGAUGAAAAAAUUCAGAUUGUCACACAGCUCAAAUUGGUAGAAAAUCGAGCGAGACAGAUGGAGUUCAAUCAGUGUCUCCAAGAUCCUGCUGAAAGUGAAUGAGCCUCAGAUAAGAUGGAUUCUACCCAACCAGAAAGAUCUUCAAGAAGACCCCGGCGACAGCGAGCCAGUGAAAGCCAUGAUUUAUGUCCCAUGACACAUGGGAUUGAAGAUUGUGACGAUCUGCCACCUAAAGAAAAGAAAUCUAGGUCAGCCAAGAAAAAGAAACGCUCUAAGGCCAAGCAAGAAAGAGGAGCUUCACCUGGUGAGUUUACAAUAGACCCCAAUGAACCUACGUACUGCUUAUGUAACCAAGUGUCUUAUGGGGAGAUGACAGGGUGUGACAAUGAACAGUGUCCGCUUGAAUGGUUUCGCUUUUCACAUGUUUCACUUACAUCUAAAGCAAAAGGGAAAUGGUGUUGCCCAAAAGGCAGGGGAGAUGAUGAGAAGGCAAUGGACAAAAGUGCUGAAAAGACAAAAAAGAGAGAAGAUCCAGACCUUUUGGGAGAGGACCUGAAGUGCCCCUGCACACUGCCUGCAGGCAGAUGCACCAAGAAGUGGAAGUCUGAACUCACAGUGGCCCAAGGCCACAUGAAGGACCUGGAGUCCCUGUUCCACCAGAGCGAGGUGGAGCUGGCCGCCGCACUCAGUGACAAGCGCAGCCUGGAAGCAGACAUGGCAGAGCUCCGGGCACAGGUGGCCAAGGACGGUCACGCUGUGGCCAAGCAGCAGAUGGAGAAGGAGACACUGAUGCGUGUGGACCUGGAGAACCGCUGCCAGAGCCUGCAGGAGGAGCUGGACUUCCAGAAGAGCGUGUGUGAGGAGGGAGUGGACGAGACGCCAAGGGAGCCGGAGAGACUGGAAACAGACCCCCAAGGGAGCCUGAACCUAGGAGGACCCGUGGAGAGAACUGUGGGCGACUCCAGACCCACGAGGGAACCCGGGAACACACUCAUGGGGGACCCUGAAAUUACGAAGGCACCUGUGGCGGGACCCGUGGGUGAACCCAGGCCCGUCAGGGAACGCGGGUGCACGCCCACGUGCGAGCCUGAGAUUACUGAGGAACCCGGAGUCCCGAAGGAAGCCGGGCAGAGCCCCGUCGGGGAGUCCAGGCGCAUGGAGAAACCCGGGCAGCGGCCUGGGAGGAAGCCGAAGCUCGGGGAGGAGGCUGUGGAGACUCCCUCGGGGGUGUUGGAAACCAUCGGGAGACCUGUGAAGAGGCCCAGGAGGGAGCCAGAGCCCAUGAAGGAGCCCCUGAGGAGGCCGGGGAGGGACCUGAAGCCCGCGAGUGAACCUGUGCAGAGACUUGUGUGGGAGCCACGCGGGAGGAAACCCGAGUUCAGGAUGGAGACCACAGAGAGGGCCACGGAGCCCCUCAAGGAGCCUAUGAGGAGACUCCCAUGCGGACCUCAAGCUGGGGGGCCCACAGAGAGACCUGGGAUGGAGCCUGACCCCGUGACAAAACCCGAGGAGGGACCUGCGAGGGAACCCAGCCCUAUAGAGGGCUCUGCACUCCUGCAGGAGCCCACCGGGAGACUCCCCAGAGAGCCGGUGGAGAGGCUCACAAAGGCCACUGUGAAGAGACGCAGAAGGGGAUCUGCGUGGGGACGUGGGAAGAACCCCACAAAGCGCGUAGUGAAGAGAGGUGGGGACAUGGCCCUGAGGGCAGCCAGGAGGGUGCCCCAGAAGGAGUCCUGGCUGAAGUCCCCAAAGGGCACCCUGCAGGAGGUGCGGGAGACACGGAGGAGCCACGAGCGCCGCCUGGUCGAGGUGGACAGCAGCCGGCAGCAGGAGUACGACUUCAAGAUGGCACAGGCGCUGGAGGAGCUGCGCAGCCAGCACGACGAGCAAGUGCGGCUGUACCGGCUGGAGCUGGAGCAGACCUACCAGACCAAGGAAGUGGCUGUGAGAGCUGUGAAGCAGACCUCGGCCGUGCAGGAGAACUGGGAGGAGGACGAGGAGGACCAGGAGGACGAGGAGGACGAGGAGGACGAGUUCGGCGAGGAAGAUCUUUUCCACCAACAGGUUGACCCUUGGACCAUGGCAAGGGGCUGCCUCCUGAUGUAACCCCACAUGACCCUCCUGCUCUUGAAGUGCUAUUAUGAC